UGCAUGUGGUUGGUGUUACAGUGAUGAGAGCGAUGGAGGUGCUCAGGCACGACUGACUGACUUCGGUUCAACAGGAGACUGAUGUGAAAGACGAGGACUCGGUAGAUUCUGAGUGUGAGAAAUCAAAGAAACGUUGGACUUUAACUUUAUCUGGAACAUGGGUGAGUCCAGUCUUUGUCAGGUGAGAGCAACGGUCAUGUUUUAUGACGACAGCAACAAGCGCUGGGUUGCUGCAGGAUCUGACCCCAGCCCUUCCUUCAGCCGUGUCCACAUCUACCACAACCCUGCAGCCAGCACCUUCAGAGUUGUGGGACGCAAAAUGCAGGCCGACCAGCAGGUGGUGAUAAACUGUCCUAUCAUAAAAGGAAUAAAGUAUAAUGACGCCACACCCACCUUCCAUCAGUGGAGGGAUCCCAAGCAGGUGUGGGGCUUGAACUUUGGGAGUAAAGAAGAUGCUGCUUCUUUUGCAAAUUGCAUGAUGCAGGCAUUACAGACCCUGAACUCGCCACCAGGUCCACCUCAGAAUGGACCAUCGGCACAACAGCUGGAACAACAAAGAAGACCAGAGCCGCCCCAGGCUGCCCCACCUGCUACUCCACCUGCUGCUCCACCCGCCGCUCCACCUGCACCACCUGCACCACCUGCUCCACCUGCACCUCCACCACCUCCAGGUCCGCCCCCAACUUCCUCUGGGCCAUGCCCACCUGCACCUCCUCCCCCUCCUUCUGGUGGUAUGGUCCCACCUCCACCACCCCCACCACCUAUGGGAGGAGGUGGAGGAGGUGGUGGAGGAGGUGGAGGCAAUGCAGGCCUUGCUGCAGCUCUUGCAGGAGCCAAACUGCGCAAAACAGAGAAGAAGGAUGAGGGGGGAGAAGCCCCAGCACCCAAACCAGCCUCCUCAUCUGGUGGAGGAGGUAACCUGAUGGGAGAAAUGAGUGCAAUCCUGGCAAGGAGGAGGAAAGCUGCUGAUAAACCUGCUGAAAAAAAGGAAGAACCUAGCAGUGAGGAAUGUGACUCCUCAAGUUCAAAACCUUCAGGAUCAGGAGAUAUAAGCCAGCCUAAAGAAACAUCUGCAGCUGUGCCGAGAGCCAAAUCCAUAACCAGUAACUGGAGGGACUCAAGUCCGAGUCCCAGCUCUAGUACAUCUCCGUCCACUGCCAAUGCUCCUGUUUCCAGGCUGAAGAUGAUGAAGAAGAGUUCAGAUAGUGCAGAUGGGAAUACCGAUAUGGAGCAAAUCAAACAGGAAAUCAUUGAAGAAGUGAGAAAGGAACUCCAUAAAAUGAAGGAUGAAAUUAUUUCAGCUCUGAUUCAGGAGCUGCAAGCCGGAAAGACUCAGGAUGAAAACUGCUGAAAGACGGAGAAUUGAAAUGAUAAAUCUGACUGCUGUACCGUUCAAAACUCAGGCAGACUGUUAUUUUUAUUUUUUUAUUUUUACUUGAUAGACAUGAAGUAAUUUUUACAAGCUCUAAAUAUACAAAAUAUGUGGUUCUCAAUGUGCCUUUUUCAUAUGACGAUUUUUGGAUUUGAACUAAAGUUGCCUCCAUCUUCAUUUGUCUGCAAGGACAAAAACAUGAACAAACAGAAUUCCAUUCAUAUUUCAACCAAGCACCUUUCUACUGUGGUACUUUAACACAGUUCAGCUUCAGUUAAAUUCAGAAUAAUUCAGUCCAACAGAGAAUAUGGCGAAACGUUAUGUUAUGCUGGGAUAGAAACUCUAUUGUUAUGUUUGGCUAAAAAUGGCUAAAAACUCUGCUGGAGAAGGUAAGCAAUGACUAAAGGAAAGAAGAAGAAGAUGAUGGACUUUAAAGGAUGGUGUCAUUAAUUGUAGAAUCUGCUAAUUAAUACCAAAUCUGAUCCUCCACAAAAAUCGACCCCAGAUACAGUAAACUGACUGUAAUUCUGACAAAGUGUCGGCUGAAUCAUCAUGUUGAUAAUAAAACUGCGUUAAACUCGUGAAACUCGUUGUGUAUUGUUU